CGUCUCCUCUUCGACGCAGAAUCACUCCGUAGCGACUCCAUCGUUCCUUCUCUCUUUUCUCCUUCUUCUUCUUCUUCUUCGUCGGCGUCGUGCCUCGUCAUCGCCACGGCGAGCGGAGGAGGUUACGCGCGACCGCUCCCGGUUUCUUCUAGUUCGCGGCGCGUGAGGAGGGGGGGUUCCUCCGCCGUUUAUAUUCCUUUCUUUCUUUGGAUUCUGGUUCUGGUUCUGGUUCUGGUUCGGGGUCCCGCGCUUCUCUCCUUUCCUUGUCCUCGUCCCUCGUGGUUUGUCUUUUCCUUCCCCUUGGAGGGAGGAGGGCGGGAGAGAGAAGAAGUCCGUCGCGGAUGGCCGCGCAGUUCCACAAUGCGAUGGGGGUGUACGAGCCGGUGAGGACGGAGGACGCCUAUGGCGACGUUGAGAAGGCUUCUCCGGAUCCCAAGGCGGGGUCUCCGCGUGCCGACGAAGGCGGCGCCGACGUCGAGGCGGCGGGGCGGGCUUCCGACUCGAGAUCGGCCUCUCGCCGAGGCGGCAGCGGCGGGGAAUCCGAGCGGCGGCUACGGCUUGUUUCUCUAGACGUGUUUCGCGGCCUCUCCGUCGUGCUAAUGAUUUUCGUGGAUCAUGCGGGUGGAUUCUUCCCUGCAAUCAACCAUUCACCAUGGGAUGGUUUAACUCUGGCAGAUUAUGUAAUGCCAUUUUUCUUGUUUAUUGUUGGUGUCUCACUGGGACUUGUGUACAAGAAAAUGUCAAGCAGAGCUUCUGCAACUCGAAAAGUCCUUCUUCGGGCGCUUAAGCUUUUGCUCUUAGGUCUUUUCCUCCAAGGUGGUUAUUUUCAUGGUGUUGGUAGUCUUAAUUAUGGAGUGGACAUUGAUCAAAUGAGAUUCAUGGGAAUACUGCAAAGAAUAGCUAUAGCAUUUCUGGUAGCAGCACUAUGUGAGAUUUGGCUAAAGGGCGAUGACGAUGUUAAUUCAGGAAUUUCUCUGCUGAAGAAAUACCGAAGUCAAUGGGCUGUGGUACUGGUGCUUACUGCUGUAUAUAUUUCGCUAUUGUAUGGCUUGUACGUGCCUGACUGGGAGUAUCAGAUUCCGACUGAAUCCCCGUCCCUUUCACAAGAAAGAAUUUUGGUGAAAUGUGGAGUGCGAGGAAAUACUGAACCAGCUUGUAAUGCUGUUGCAAUGAUUGAUCGUCAAGUGUUGGGAAUUCGACAUUUAUACAGAAAGCCAGCAUAUCUUCGGACAAAGCAAUGCAGUAUUCAUUCUCCAGAUUCUGGUCCUUUGCCUGCUGAUGCUCCAUCAUGGUGCCAAGCCCCCUUUGAUCCUGAAGGCCUUCUGAGUUCAGUGAUGGCCGUGGUUACAUGCUUGGUCGGCUUGCAAUUUGGACAUGUGAUUGUCCAUUUUAAGGAUCAUGGGGUUAGAACUUUCCACUGGAUGAUCUCAUCUUCUUUUCUUGUGGCUCUAGGCCUGGCAUUAGAUCUUUUAGGAAUGCAUGUGAACAAGGCUCUCUACACAUGCAGUUACAUGGCCGUCACAGCUGGUGUGGCUGGCAUUCUCUUCACCUUAAUAUAUCUGAUGGUUGAUUUCGGUGGACUUAGGCGUACUACCACGGUUCUGGAGUGGAUAGGGAGGAACGCGUUGACCGUUUAUGUCCUUGCCGCAACGAAUGUCUUGCCCGUUUUCCUCCAGGGCUUCUACUGGAGGCGUCCUGAGAAUAACAUUGUAUGCUUUCCUCCUUCCGUUAUUCUAUUUCAACCACAAAACGUUACUCCUUUGUCUGACAAGCUCGCGGAAUCUAUAACUCUUUCUAUGGCAGCUGAGUUCAAUCGGAAUCAGAAGAUGAUAGAAAGCCCGAUAUCGUGCUUCGACUCUGAAUAUUUAUUGGAGCAACUCGCCACAUACAUCUAUUAA